UAAAUCAGUUGCCGUUUUAAAGGCGUUAGAAAUCGUGCUGAAGAUGUUAAAAUUGUUGGUGUUUUUACUCGCGUUGGGCGCCAUAAGUGCUAAAUAUAAUUCCACGUGGGAAAGUUUAGAUACCAGACCUAUUCCUACGUGGUUUGAUAAAGCUAAAGUGGGCAUAUUCUUGCAUUGGGGAGUAUUUUCUGUACCUAGUUUAACGUCGGAAUGGUUCUGGGAGAACUGGAAGGGUGGAUCUUCCCAAGAGAUUAACACUUACAUGAAAAACAACUUUCCCCCAGAGUUUUCCUACCAAGAGUUUGCCAGGGAUUUUACUGCUGAAUUUUUUAAUGCUACACAGUGGGCGGAAUUAUUUGCAAAAGCUGGGGCAAAAUAUGUGAUUUUAACAAGCAAACAUCAUGAAGGAUUCACAUUAUGGCCAUCCAAAUACUCUUACAGUUGGAACGCCAAAGAUGUUGGACCUCAUAGGGAUUUAGUUGGUGAACUCGGAGAAGCAGUACGCACCGCCGGUCUAAAAUACGGCCUUUACCACUCCCUAUACGAGUGGUUUAAUCCUUUAUAUAUAGCUGAUAGAACUAGCAACUUUAGCACUCAAGUCUUCAGUACACAAAAAGCUAUUCCUGAGCUAGUAGAGCUGGUCAACCAGUACCAACCCUCAAUCAUCUGGUCAGACGGUGACUGGGAAGCAAAAGAUACUUAUUGGACCUCAACAGAUUUUUUGGCCUGGUUAUAUAACGAUAGUCCUGUAAAGGAUGAGGUUCUGGUAAACGACAGAUGGGGCGAUGGUAUUCCUUGCCACCAUGGUGACUAUUUUACUUGUCAGGAUAGGUACGACCCUGGUAAGCUGCAAGAAAAAAAAUGGGAAAACGCUAUGACAAUUGAUAAGCAGUCCUGGGGGUUCCGACGAAAUGCUAAGCUUUCAGAUUAUUUGACCCCAUUGGAGUUGCUGACUACUCUUGUGAGGACUAUCAGUUGUGGAGGAAAUAUUUUAAUUAAUGUUGGCCCAUCUAAAGAAGGUCUAAUUAAUCCAAUAUUUGAAGAGCGCCUGACUCAAUUGGGAGAGUGGUUAGGAAUUAAUGGAGAAGCUAUUUACGAGAGCGAACCUUGGACUGUCCAAAAUGACACUCUUAAUUCUAAUGUUUGGUAUACUAGUAAAGAUAACGCUAUUUAUGCCAUUCAUCUAAGCUGGCCAGAGAAUAACACAGCAAUACUAGAAUCUGUGGCAGAUCUGUUCCAAAAAGACACCACUACGGUAACAUUGUUGGGAAAUAGUCAAAAAUUAAAAUGGAUGACUAGUGCUGGACAGGUAGAAAUACAGAUGCCGGAUAAGGCUGAAGUGAAAAGUGAAACUGCCUAUGUAUUAAAGAUUGUUGCUUAAGAAAUAAAUAUGCUUGUAUUUUUA